AUAUGUACAGAAAAAUAUGGAUUCAAAACAAAACAACAAAAAUAUAAGCAGUAAAGUAGUUCUCUCCGGAUUUUGAAGUUGGGAUAUGAUGCGAUGGUCGUCGGCGUGGGUUCGCCGGCUGUGGUGGCGACGGAAAAGAGGGUAUUGGCGGCGGAAUAUGCGGCGGAGCGACGGGUUUUGACGAUUUUGGAGCAACAGCGGGAAAGGGGAAAAGGGAUCUCGCCGGUUGACGGGCAAAUUUUAAGUUCUCUGGCGGAAUUACACCGCAAGAACAGUAACAGUAAUAAGAAGGAGGUUUGGGAUUAUUUAAUCAUGAUAAUCGAAGAUUCCGGAAGGGGAUAGGAAGGGGAUUACAAGGUGGAGAGUCGAACCUUCUCCAACAAGAUGAAAGUUCAAGGUUCUGGCUCUCAUGUCCGCGGUCAGGCGCCUCAUUAGGAUCUCUAUCUUUUGCUAUUGAUUGCAGAUGGAUCACUGAAGUUCGGGAAGCAUGAUCAAUUGGUCAGGAAUUCCAAUCCCUAUCAGGAAUAUUAAAGAGAGUAUGCACUGGAUCAAGAGCAGGCAUUGGAAACACUUUAUUAAAAUACUUGUAGUUGAUUAGAUAUUAAUUGAAAAAAUAGUUAGAGAAAGAGUGAGCUGGCACUAGGAAGUUAUAGUUGAGUCGGUUAGCUGCAGCUUAAGCUGACAGCUGGCAUAAAAAGUUUAGCAAUAUAUGUGUGCAUUCUAUCAUGUAAAGAUCAAGGCAGUUACAAUGAAUUGAAGAUAUUUUUCUUCCCUCUCUUUUCCAAAUACACUAAUUGGUAUUACAUUGUAACUUCAAGGUAGAAAUUUAACAUGGUAUCAAAGCAGCUAUCGUCGUCUUCGCUGUGAAUUUGCCAUUGAAGCGCACAAACAGCCAUGGGAGAAACUAGAGAAACCUCUAUUGAAGCCGAACCUAUUGUAACUAUCGAUCAUCAUCAUCCUCUAUAUCUUCAGGCAUCUGAUACACCUGGAGCAGUGAUUAUACCAAUUAAACUCACAGGACCAGAGAAUUAUGAUCUGUGGAGUAGAUCCAUGAAAUUGGCACUCAGAGAUAAAGGGAAGCUGGGAUUCAUAGAUGGAUCAUGUGCAAAGCAUAGAUUUAAAGGUGAAUUAGCCGAAUUAUGGGAGAAAUGCAAUGCAAUUGUACUCUCAUGGAUUGGAUGUACCGUUGCGGCUGAGUUGAUGCCGACUAUUCUCUACGCUUCAAAUGCGAAGCAAGUUUGGAUCGAUUUCAAGAAACGAUUUGACAGAAGUAAUUUGACGCAAAUUUACCAUCUCUGGACAGAAAUUGUGACUCUGCGACAAGGUAUGGACUCUGUAACCACCUAUUAUUCGAAGAUGAAAGAUGCAUGCCAUGAAUUGGAUAUAAUGGCACCAUUACCUCAUUGUGAUUGUGAGGAAUCACGUGCUUAUUUGGAACACUUACGAUCCCAAAGGUUACUGCAAUUCCUUAUGGUAUUGAAUGAAAGCUUCAAUCAAAUUCGAAGUAACAUACUGGCUAGGGCACCUGUUAUCACAGUCAAUGAAGCUUAUGCCAUUGUUGCACAGGAAGAAAGUCAGAGAAGUUUAGGGGUGAUAGAUGACAAAAAGGAAAUUAUGGCAUUAUUUGCAGGGAAGUCACAAUCGAACAAAUUUGAUUCUGUGAAGGAAGCUACAAAGAGGUUUGAUAUGUUUUGCGAGUAUUGUGGAUAUAAAAAUCAUGUAAAGGAAGAUUGCUAUAAGUUGGUUGGGUACCCUAAUGAUUUUUAGAGUAAAAAACCAGGAGGGACUACUGUUCGACCGAGUGGAAAUAUCCAGGCAACUGAUUCCAAUACAUAUGUAAAUCCUUCAUAUCAGUCAGGUGGAUUUAGAUCACAAGGGCAAUUUCAGAAUCACUCAAGAGGAUAUAGACUACAGGGUUAUUCUUAUAAUCAGUUAGGAGGUUACAGACCACAAGGGAACUCCUAUAACCCCAGACCUGCAACAAAAUCUGGUUAUAGACCUCGAGUCAACACCACUAGUGCUGAAAAUGAAGCUUCUACGACCAUGAGUCAUUUCUUUUCUAAGCAGCAGUAUAAUCAAAUGAUGAACUUGAUGGGUAAAGACAAGUUACCUGAGUACUCUUCAAACUUAGCAGGUAUCACUGCCUUACUAUCCAAUGCCUUUGCAACUGAGUGGAUAAUAGACACAGAUGCAUCACACCGCAUUACUCCUUUCAAAUAACUUCUUAAUUCACUUAGAAGCCUACAGGAUGAUUUUUCUAACAGAGUUCAGGUUCCUACUGGUGCUAAUGCAAGAGUCAGCAGUGCAGGAAAGACUAUGAUUUUGAGAGAUCAUGAAAUACAUAAUGUGUUACAUGUUCCAGAGUUUAAGUUCAAUCUACUCUCAGUUUCAAAUCUAACUAGAGAGUUAUGUUGUGCUGUUACUUUCUUCCCUGAUUCCUGUGUAUUUCAGGCACUCUCCAAUGGCAAGGUCAUGGGGAUUGGUAAGGAAAGAGAAGGCUUGUACAUUCUAAAUAAUUACACCAAGUCUACAACUGGUGCGUCUACAGUGUUCAGUAACAGUAUAGAAAGCACUUUGUGGCACUAUAGAUUAAGACAUCCAUCAGGGGCAGCAAUGCAACACAUCACCACUCUUCACAGAAGAAUUCAUCCUCAGAUACAUGACACUUGUGAGAUCUGUCCACUAGCUAAACAACAUAGAUUGAAAUUUCCUAAUACAAAUAAAGCAUCAACCUUUUUGAAUUAGUGCACCUAGAUGUAUGGGGUCCUUACAAGAAGCCUACAUAUGAUAAAAAACAUUCUUUUGUAACACUGGUUGAUGACUAUAGCAGGUAUACCUGGAUUUGCUUAAUUCAGUCUAAAUGUGAAGUCUUUUGUGUGUUGAAGAAUUUUUUGUCCUUGAUAAAGAAUCAAUUUGGAGUUUAUGUUAAGGUGUUUAGGUCAGAUAAUGGUACAGAAUUUGUUUACUCUCAAUGCACUGACAUGUUUAGAUCCAAUGGAAUCAUCCAUCAAACUAGUUGUGCUUACACACCCCAACAAAAUGGGACUGUGGAAAAGAAGCACAAACAUAUUUUAGAGGUUGCUAGAGCAUUAAAGUUUCAAAGUAGAAUACCCGUCAGAUUUUGGGGGGAAUGUGUGAGAACUGUUGUGUAUCUCAUUAACAAGUUACCUUCCUCAUUUUUGAAUGACAAAACUCUAUAUGAAAUGUUGUUUGGCAGACCAACAAAAAAUGAUCACUUAAGGGUAUUUGGUUGUCUUUGCUAUGCAAAUGUUUUACCAAAAGGUGACAAAUUCCAAGAAAGAGCAACAAGAGUUGUUAUGAUAGAAUAUUGUGAAAGUCAGAAGGGAUAUAGGUUGUAUGAACCUAGCACUGGUCUUCUUUUUGUUAGUAGAGAUGUGACAUUUAAGGAACUAAUUUUUCCUUUCAAGAAUGAAGAGCAUGGAGAUGAUGAAGAAAUGUUCACAGUUCCUCCACCUGUUAGGGACAACUAUGAUCAACAAGCAACUUGGUUACCAGAUAUGAUCAUGCAGGAAGCAACACCAGUCAUAGUUACAGAUUCACCAGUUGACAGGAGUAAAUUUAUUGAACCAAAAUCUGCAGUGGUCAGCAAUACAAAUACUGAUCAAGAGAAUGAUCAGCAUGACAUGGAUGUGGAGAAUACACUUGAAGAAGUGUUAGUACCUACAGCUCAGCUUGCACAAGGAAGACCCUUAAGAAAUGUUAAGCCUCCAAUUUGGCUUAGUGAUUAUAUGACACCUGCCAAGUCCACAACAAAUUGUUCAUAUCCAAUAUCUAACUAUGUGGCUUAUUCUCACUUAUCAAGUUCAUACCAGGCAUACUUGAGAUCAUUCUUAGCAAUACAAGAACCAAAAGAUUUUGAAGAAACCUCACAGCAUGAAGAAUGGAUUAAGGCAAUGCAGUAGGAAAUAAAUGCUCUAGAAGAAAACAAGACCUGGGAGCUAGUUUCAUUACCACCUGGUAAGUAGCCUAUAGGAUCUAAAUGGGUGUACAAGGUCAAACUCAAAGCUAAUGGAGAAAUUGAUAAGUAUAAGGCAAGAUUGGUUGCAAAAGGCUAUACACAGAGAGAAGGUUUAGACUAUCAUGAAACAUUCUCUCCUGUAGCCAAGAUGGGAACUGUGAGGACAGUAAUUAGUAUAGCAGCUUCCAAAGAUUAGAAUCUUUUCCAAAUGGAUGUGAGCAAUGCUUUCUUGCAAGGUGAUUUGUAUGAAGAGUUUUACAUGUCAUUACCUCAAGGAUUUCGCAGAGAGGGAGAGACUAGAGUAUGCAAGCUAUUAAAGUCGUUAUAUAGGCUCAAGCAAGCAUCAAGACAGUGGAACAUUAAGUUGACCACAACUUUACUUGAUGCAGGCUACAACCAGAGUUGACAUUAUCACUCUUUAUUCACCAAGCUAUGUGGUGAUGAUAUAGUGAUAUUAUUGAUUUAUGUGGAUGACAUUCUUCUUACAGGAAGCAGUACAAAACUUAUAGAUGAAGCAAAGAAGUAUCUGCACAGCCAGUUUAAAGUCAAGGACCUUGGAGAGUUAAAAUAUUUUUUGGGGAUUGAAGUCUUGAGAUCACAACAUGGAAUCUUGAUGAAUCAAAGAAAAUACACAUUAGAGCUUAUUUCUGAUGUUGGAUUGGCAGGAGCCAAACCAGUUCUUACCCCCUUAGAGGCCAACGCUAAACUCACCUCUGUUGAGUAUGAUGAAUAUGCAGGAAAGCAGGAAUCCUCUGUUUGAUGAGUAGGUACCAAAAACUUAUUGGAAAGUUAAUAUACUUGACCAUUACUAGGCCAGACAUUUGCUUUGCAGUUCAACUACUUACUUAGUUCAUGCAACAUCCCAAACAAUCACACUGGAUGGCAGCAUUAAGAGUGGUAAGAUAUAUUAAAGGUUCACCUGGACUGGGUAUUUUCAUGAAGAGAAGUCCUAUAGAUAAUCUGGUGGUGCAUUGUGACUUUGAUUGGGCGGCAUGCCCUAACACAAGGAGGUCAGUUACAGGCUUCGUUGUACAACUGGGAUCUUCGUUGGUUUCUUGGAAAUCGAAGAAGCAACAUACUGUUAGUCGUAGUUCAGCAGAGGCAGAAUAUCGCAGCAUGGCAGCUGUAGUCACUGAAGUCAUUUGGAUGAUAGGUCUUUUAAAAGAUCUGUCAAUUACUGUAACCACUCUCAUUCAACUCUAUUGUGAUAGUAAAGCAGCUAUGCAAAUUGCUGCAAAUCCCAUGUUUCAUGAAUGCACUAAACAUAUCUAGAUCGACUGUCAUUUCAUCAGGGAAAAGCUCAAAGAGGGUCUCAUACAUCCAGUUCAUGUGUCUACUAAAUUCCAGCUUGCAGACUUCUUGACUAAAGGUCUUGGAUUAGCUCAACACAAUUUUCUGUUAUCCAAGAUGGGGGUUCUUGAUAUUUUUCACCCUCCAGCUUGAGGGGGAGUAUUAAAAUACUUGUAGUUGAUUAGAUAUUAAUUGAAAAAAUAGUUAGAGAAAGAAUGAGCUGGCACUAGGAAGUUAUAGUUGAGUUGGUUAGCUGCAGCUUAAGCUGACAGCUGGCAUAACAAGUUGAGCAAUAUAUGUGUGCAUUCUAUCAUGUAAAGAUCAAGGCAGUUACAAUGAAUUGAAGAUAUUUUCCUUCCCUCUCUUUUCCAAGUACACUAACUGCUAUUACAUUGUAACUUCAACGUAGAAAUUUGACACACUUGUUGAAAGAAAUUGCGGCUGCAAUAUGUGGAACAUUGAUUUAUGAUACAUGACAAGCAAGGAACUGGAGAACGUAUAGCGGACUUCAUACAAAUACUGAGUUCAUAGCUAUACAAAUACAAAAGGAAAUCAAAGAGAGAGUGAGUAGUUUUGCAGGAAUAAAAAGUACCGGAAGGAGUCAAGUUUUGAUUCAUAGAAUCAGUAAGUAGAGUCAUUUGUUUAGUUUUUUUGGCUGCUUUCUGUUUUCAGGUCUAGAGUGAUGCUGGAUAAUCUUCCACAAAGGGGAUCCAGAAAGCAGCCGAAAAAACAAAUAUCCCGCAAAAAACAGUUAUCAGAAUUGUGUAUAGCAAUCGUCCUCAUCAUGACAUUCAACAUCAGCUCGAAGAACACGGACUUCAUAUCCACACAUUUCUCAGCCAUGGCAAAGGAAUUGAUCCUCUUAACCAUAGAUUUCACUUCAUCCACGCGAAUUCCAUGAAGCAUUUGCAGA